AGGAGGAGGAGAGCAAGUCUGGGCUGGUCACACAGAUCAUGCUGCUUACUCUGUUGUAGACUUUGGAUCCAAAGCAGAGACUCAGUCCCACUGACAGAGAACCCACUACUAGGACAUGCCAUCUGCCUCAGGUUGAAUGCUUGUUAACCAAAGCCACUGACGAGGGCACUGCCCAGGUCUGCCCGGGACUUCACUUCUUCUGCAGAAUCAGUUCUGACUUCUGAACUUAGCUUUAAAGAUUCGUCAGAGAGGCAUUAUACAGGAUUUAAAGAACAAGAAAUGGUUAAAACAACAAAACGAGAAAGAUGAAUGUGUUUGAAGACCCAGAAAAUUCAACGUACAAAUGUAAAUUCAAUGAGGAUUUUAAGUAUGUCCUCCUCCCGGUGUCGUACGGCAUUGUAUUCGGUGUGGGACUCAUUCUGAACAUUCUGGCCCUGUACAUCUUCCUGUUCCGCAUCAAGCCCUGGAAUGCCUCCACCACGUACAUGUUCAACCUGGCCAUUUCCGACAUGAUGUACGUCAUCUCCCUGCCCCUGCUGGUCUACUAUUAUUCCCAAGGAGACAACUGGCCCUUCGGCGUGGCCUUGUGCAAAAUCGUCAAGUUUCUCUUCUACACCAACAUGUACUGCAGCAUCUUCUUCUUGCUCUGCAUCAGCAUCCACCGCUUCCUUGGGAUCUGCUACCCUAUGAAAUCCAUGGGGUGGUUAAAGGUGCGAAACGCUCGCAUUGUUUCUGUGGUCGUCUGGGUUAUCGUUUCCAUCUGCCAGUCGCCUAUUUUGUACUUUGUUACCACCAGCACCAAUGGGGAUAACACAAUCUGCCAUGACACUUCCAGUGUAGAUCUAUUUGAUGACUUUGUGGUCUACAGCUCAGUCAACUUGGGUUUGCUUUUCUGCGUCCCCUUCACCAUCAUCAUUAUCUGCUAUUGCCUAAUGACGCGGACUCUAAUGAAGCCCUCUGCCGCCACCGCUCAGACUUCAGCUUCCAAGAAGAAAUCUAUUAAAAUGAUUAUCAUCGUCUUGAUGGUCUUUAUCAUUUGUUUCUUGCCUUUUCAUGUCAACCGAACCCUUUAUUACUAUUUUCGCAAGCUGGACCUUGACUGUGCUACAUUGGACGCGAUUAACUUGGCCUAUAAGGUGACCAGACCCCUGGCCAGCGCCAACAGCUGCCUUGACCCCAUUUUGUACUUUCUGGCUGGACAGACUGUUAGAAGAAACAUCUUUUCCAGAAAUGGACUCACCAAAAUGAAGAACAAGUUCAACUCCUAUGUUGUAGAGAACAACUGGAGCACAAAUGCCGCUGUUCACUCCAACAGCGAGGCUAGGCAGAGCACAGCAGUAAUUAGCAGGGUGUAAUUAACCAACUAAUUAACCAGAAACAUUAGACAUAUGUGUAGAAGGUAGAAUAAAAGUGAAUCUGGCUGUAGGUAAAUCUACAUAUACCAGUUGCUUCAUGCUACAGUAGCUUUUGGUAUAGCAACCUCCAUGAGGUAACAUAGCGACACAUGAAUAUGAAGGAAACAAUGACUUUAUGUAUGGGGCAAAAUAUAAUGUAACAUUUCCAGAUAUUUUAAAUAUAUAAAUAUUACAAUUUAAUUAUAAUUAAGAAAGCUUGGGAAAGACAAGGGCUUCCCUAAGAACAUUAAUAGUCUGAGCUUUCUCAGCUCAGGGGAUGGGUAAAAUGCAUCAGAAAGACUAGUAACCAAAGGAAAAUAAUCAAGUAGAAGAAGAUAGUGUGUGAUAGAUAUGGGACUCCCCUGAGCAUGAAGUUAGAUGGAACAUCCAUCAUCUGAAUUAAGGCACUUAGGGAAUGGGCAGACCAGAUGGGCUGAUAAUCAAAGAAAGAGAACAAAGUAGAGGAAGAUAGACUGGCAUAGAUUUAGGGUUCCACUAGUCUGCUCUCAAGUAGUUACGGAAUGGGCAACACAGUCUCCAAAGAAAAAUAAUUUAGGAGAGAAAGAUAGUCUGGGAUUGAUAUGGGGCUCCACUGAGCAUGUAGAAGGAUGGACUAUUUAUAGUCUGCUCUCAGUCAGAUAGGGAAUGGGCAGCACAGAUGGGUCAGUCUCCAAAGAAAGAGAAUUCGGGAAAGAAAGAUAGUCUGGGAUUGAUAGGUGGAUCCACUGAGCAUGUAGAAGGAUGGACUAUUCAUAGGAGUUAGGGAAUGGUCAGCAUAGAUGGGUUGGUCUCCAAAGAAAGAAAACACAGUAGAGGAAGAUAGUCUUGGAUAGGCACAGGAAUUCCCUGAGCAUGAAAUAACAUGACAGGUUAUGGAAUAAGCUACAGUUCACAGGUAACCAGUGAAAAAGACACCACUGGUUACACAAAGCUUAGGAUAGUAACAUGAGGUAGUAACACAAUAGUCUUAUCUUCUGCAGGGAAUGAGUAUCCCCAACUGGAUAGUAGCCAUGCACAAACAAGAUGGCUACCUACAUGUCAAGUAGACUUCAGAUUGCAGUAUUCUAAAUAUCAAAUGAAGUUGUUAUUUUAACAAAACCCUGCUUAGCACUCUGAGAGGGAGAGUCCUAGAAGCCCUCAAGGCAUUUAUCGUUCUUGAAUUCUGAUUACUGACCUUAUUUAGCAUACAGUCUAAUAAUCUUGUAUUUUAGUAUUAAACUUUCAUUUCAGUUAGAGGACAAACCCCAGAGUCUCAGUAUUCACAAGGGGACAGCAAAGCUGAUGUUUAUACUUAAAAUACAAGAACCAGUGAGGUCCGGGUUGGUGGGUUCAAAGAAACCAAUGUUCAUUCUUCAGCCCCCGGAGGACAACACAGACUUACACUUUAAUAGUUGCAUUUGUGCCACAAGCUGGGCCACUAUCUGUGUCUCCAUAAAGGAGACUGUGCCAUUCCAAAGCCUGUAACAAUGUAAAGUAUUGUACUACAUUUUAUAUUCUUGUAAAUAUUCAUAUUUUACUGAUCUGCACAUGUAAACAAGAGGGAUCGUUAUGUGUCCAGAGAAUACUAAUUUAUAUUAAACCUUAUUUUAGUUUAUAAAAAAAAGCUUUUAUUUUCUGAUAUAAACAUGUUUUAUCUUUUAUAUUAAAUUGAAAUAGGUGAAUCUA